AUGUCGCAAACGAUAGUGGAAACCUAUCACGAGUACGAGCUGGUCGAGCUGGGGCUGCUCCAGUUCUUGGAGAACUUACUAAGCGACCGCAACUCCUAUUUGAACAGCCGAGAUAUCUACGGCAUCUUGGGCUGUCUCGAGCGACGCGAACAGAACUUGCCGUUCACCAUUGGCCCCUCCCACCGAGGCGAUCUCCAAGGGAUCCUCUGGACCCGGGACUUACGCCGCAAGUUCCAGCUCGACCGAUGGCGUGUCGGCCGCCAGCUGUGGUUCCACAACGUUGACCGUCUGCGUGAACUAGCAGUUAAGAAUUUGACAGUGACGGGAGUGCACGGCAUCGACUCCUUCUAUACAUUUGAGCGGUACUACCCGAAACUCCGUAUCGACAUCACCCACUUUCAGCUCCGCAACUUGGUGUGCUGCAACUCGUACGCCUCGUUCUACCCUUCCAACGAUAACGACUGCUUCACCAUAAACCGCAUGAUGAUCGAUGCCGAUAACCCCGCCCGUAGCGGUGCCGUCAAACUCGACUGUCUUGUCGAGCUGAAGCUGCUCGCGAAAAAUGCCUUCAGCCGGGUGCUGACCCUCGCCUGUAAUGACAACUGGCUUGUAUGCGGGACGUUUGAAGGCGGCUACAUCUUGUUUGACAUUUCCGACCCUGACUCAUCAAAAGUGGUGGGCGAAUAUACCCUUACCGAUAAGCCUGACGGCAUCACCAACCACGUGAUCGUCGAUGACACCUGUUUGAGAGUGCUGGGCAACGACCGACUGCUACGAACCGUCGACUUGACGAAAAACAAGACGACGCUGCGUACUCAGUUGGCGCUGGCAGUGAACUGUGCCGCUCCCCUGGCCACCAACCACGACUUGCUCUACGUGGUGGUGGACCUGAUAGACUCAUACAUUAUUGAUUUACGCACCAACGAGGAGACGUUGAGAUUUUCAGGGCACCACGAUUAUGGCUUCUCCUGUGACUGGCUGAAAACUAACGAAAACUUACUCAUAAGUGGCAACCAAGACACGACGAUGUGCAUGUGGGAUAGGCGGAGCCCGUCGAAACCGCUCCACCGAUGGAGUGGCGCUUUGGGUGAGCUGCUGAGUCUCAACGCCGGACCCGUCCGCAACUGUAAAUUCCUGACUGCGGGCGAGUACGUGUGCUGGGCGGAAUCCCUCGACCAUGUGGGCAUCGUCCGCAUCGAUGAGUUGGAACAGGGGACCAUUGACCGAGCGCAACUGAUAGACUACAUUGGCAAAUGUGUUGGGCUCAAUUUUACUGAAAGCGACAAUGGUCACGGCGAGCGGUUAACGAUCGGGAUCAACGAUUGUCAGCUUGGCGGCAUCAUUGAGUACAAGCUCGAAAGUCUGCACAAGUGUCUAGACUAUGACUUUGCCUUCUAG